UCUUCUGUUAAUUCAACAUUUUUGCCGAGAAAGUGUUUGGCUUCGUUUCUGCUCCUGUCACUCAUCAGUUUGUGCUGAGUCAUCGUUAUGCAGUGCUCAACCUGCAAUGCACCCACCGAUAGUGCUAAUUCGGUGUCCUGUGCCGGUGUUUGUGGUUCCAAGCAUCACACCCAUUGCACGGGGUUGUCUCGUGAUUCUACUCGUGAGCUUGGGCGUAAUAAUCAGUUAUUGUGGUUGUGCAAAACAUGUCACGAGUUUCGCAAUGGCACAAAUUCACUUCUCACAAAUCGGCUAUCAAGAGCGAUUUGCUUCCUGAGAUCCUCGCUCUCGUUGAUAAGCGAGCGCUAGCACCCAUAUUAGCUAAGCCGUCUGUUAGCAACGCAUCGCUUACGCACACAUCCACUAAUGUAUCGUCGCUCAAUGCCACAAAUACAUCCAGAACGACUAAAACAGCUUCCGCUCGCCGUACAUUUACUAACUCAACGGAGCUCACUGCUGAUAUCCAAGCUGCGAACGAUACCAACACUGUAGAAGAUUCUGACAACUGUAACCACUACAAUCAUCGUACUAAGCCGACUAGUGAUGUUAGUGCUGGUAACUACCGAACAAAUACACAAGCAUCUUCUGAUCCUGUUUUGAACCAAAACACCACCAACACGGGCAUAGCCGAGAAAGUAUGGUUAUACUUCACGAACAUCAAAUCGCAUGUCUCCGCUGAUGAUAUGCGUGUGUGGCUUAAAGCUGUGCUACCAACGGACGAUAUUAAUGUUUACCGUCUCACGGAAAAGGGUGUGAACCUGGACUCGAUGUCCUUCAUAUCGUUCAAAGUGAGUGUUCCUAAAUCUCUUAAGGAGCUUGCGCUGCAGUCUACUAUUUGGCCAGUUUCACUUAUUGUUCGGGAGUUUGUUGCUCGUGGCCUACCAAAGCAACGUGUACAUGAAAGGGCUCGAUUUGACCCUUCUGAGCUUAUUUCGCAUCGUACAAAUAGUGAAAAUUGCUCUUCAGCUGUGCCAAAAACUACCGCUCAUCCGGAUCAUUUUUUGGAACAUCGAUCGCCACCCCCACAGCGCGGGAUUCUAUCACCAUCCCAGUUGACCGAGAUUCUAGAGGCUAUUCAACUGGAGUUUCCUCCCACACCGCCUCAGUUAUCACCGGGGGUGGGGCUUCAAUCACAAUUCAAUCUCAGCAACAGAACAGCUCACAAUUAA